AUGUCAGCGAUCGCAACCUGGGCCAUGUCAUUGGCAACGACGGCAGGCACCGAGAAGCAGACUUCAAAUAUUUACGGGUCAUCUCGAGAGCUAGAGAGACGAUUGACCAGUCGAGGAGGCGGUCUGCUUGAAAUUGUCUCUGGAAAGGUCCAGUACAUCCAUCAAACAGCGAAAGAAUGGAUCGUUAAGGCGAUCUCGACGUCGAGGCUGUUGCUAAAUCAGCCUGCGGCUCUUGUAGGCAUAACCGGCCAUGAGAUGCUGCUUCUUUUCCACCACGCGAAGUCAAUGGAUAAUGUCCGGAAAGAGAUAUCACUGUUUCUAUGCUAUAUGUGGCAUCUGGAGACAAUCAGUGGCAGGUCACGCGCACAUCUGGUCCAAGAUCUCGCCGCCAAACCCGACUUUUACACGUUUUGGUACGAUCUGACCAAUUGGGAUGAUUCGACCCUGGCGUGGCGAGGCACUUACAGUACUGACAUUCAAGACUAUCAUGAGCCGAAUGUCAACCUGGUGUACUUGGUCACUGUGUGUCAUCUCAACCUCUGCUUGCGGGAUAUCCUGACAUCAUUGCCGGAAGAGUUCAAGCGAAAGAAUGCCGUCACUUUUCUGGUGAUCGCAAUCCAGUCGGUCAUCAAGGGCUGGCCCGAUUCGAGGUCUUUCGGCCGCACGGAAAUCCUCGAGACAGUCCUGGCGCAAUGUCAGCCUGACAACCAGGCGAUGAUGGGGGCUCUGGGGGAGGCCAACUUCUUCAGCGCCAAAACUUUGCCGACAUCCAAGGACCCCGCGAUCAGCAGCGGAAGUAUCGAAGCUGCCUAUGGGAAGAUAAUGAGAACGUUUGUCCGAGCCGGACUGGACCCAAACGCGAAACGCGUCACGCUUUCACGAUGAAAUGGCUUCGACACUCCUUCACAGAGCGGGGGGAUCAUCCACGGU